AUGUACCACGUACGGUCAAACGAACCAAGAUUCGACGUCCCGGACUUUACACUUGAGAGCAACUCUCUGACAAUCCACACCACUGACGCAGAGGUGGGCAAAGACUUUCAGCCCCCAAGCAAGAUUAAGGAAGGGAGUGGGCACUCGGUCACUUGGUACGAGUUAGAGCCCUUGGACUCGUCCAGAUCUAAGCGCCUGCGCAAGACUAUCGCAAAAGAGCUCGUGAACAAGUUCCUCCUUAUCAACAGUGAAAGGGAUUAUAUUCUGACAGACUUUCCCCUUGGAUAUCGCCUUUAUUGCCACAAGAAAGGAACGCGAGUAGGACAUGACGAUGUUCGGCAUGAUUUUUACAUAUACGGCGCCGGCUACAAGUUUCGCUCAGCAAACGAAGCAUUGUUCCACUUUGCGUGGCUCAUGCGGGGCAUGCCGAAGAGACGCUGCAUAUGCGUAUAUGACACACCUAUUACUGCACACAAGCGUAGACAAGGUGCUCUCAAUCGACAAUACAAGCGAGCAUGGGACGCCGUCUUGCAGGACCGACACAAGCAGCAUGUAGCCGCAUAUCAAGCCAGUGUCAAGGAUAAAGCCCCUCGAGAGCCCUCCCCUCCGACGCUCAACGUUUUCAAUGAUGCGUGCUUCCUGCUGCCAGAGUAG